AUGAGUGAGAGCCAAUCAAAGAAGAGUAGUAAUGAUGUGAUAACGGCAUUCCGGUCGAGUGUUUCCGGGAGGACAAGAUCGAGAUGGGAUGAGUACAUUAAGAGCGUCGCCGAGUCACGUGGGAUUUCAUCCAACAUGGCGGCCCCAUCAAGCGGCUCGGUUGGGAUUUCCGCUCCACGGAAAAGGAAGACGUCAAGCUGUAAAUCGACUCGAGAAGAUUCCGGAAGAAAAAGGAUGAGAGGAACUCAGACGAAACCCAAACAAGGAGGAGCUGGUAGCCGUAGAAAUGGGAAUGAGAGUGAUGAUGAUUCGGAUAGCGAUGAAUUCGUGAUUGAGAGAGCUGAGUUGUACAAUUCAGGAAAACGUGGCAAGUCAAAGUUAGGUGCUUCUGCAGCCACUUCUCGGAAGGCUGUUGACAGCUCAAGAAGAGUGCAUUCUGUUGAGGCUGCUGCUCAUGGAUACUCUUCUCCGGAAGAUGUCACCCAUGGUUCUACUAAUCCAGGGGUUUCAUUUGGAAAAGGUAAGAAAACUGACGGUGUGAAUAGACGUACUGCACCCAAUACCAGUAAGUUUGGUGGUGCUGCUGCUGUGAGCAAAAGCAUACCAGUGCCCUUUUAUCCGAACAAUGCCGGGCCUCAUUCUAAUCAAGUGUCGUGGCACAAGUCGAGUUCGACUGCGAAAAGAAGGAAUGACGUUGAGAAUACAGAUUCUGAAGAGGCUGAAAUCAAAAGAACUGGGAACACUGAAUUCUUGAGACGUGCAACACAUGCCAGGCCAAAGAAAAGUAACUCUGCAAGGGGAGAGCUGAACACAAGUUAUCCAAAGAAGAACAUGGGAAGUGGAAGCACGAGGACACCCCCCACCCAUGUUCGUGGAUUCUUCAGUUCUGUUCAAGCCUCAUUACCAAAACGAAACAUAAUUGUGAUUGAAAGUGACAACCAAGGUACUGAUUCGGAAGAAGUAAGCAUAGAGAAACUUAGUGAAACUGAAUUGAGCCGUCUGAAAGCACAUAGUAAGUCAAAGACGAGGCCAUCAACACAGAAAAAGUUGAGUGGAGACUCAGACCGAGACCGACCUGCAGGCUCGUUUAGCAAAAACACUUUCUCUGCUCGCAAGAAGAACAUUGGUGUGACCAGGAAAAACAUAGAGCAAUGCAGAAACAAGAGCAGGUGCUUGUCCAAGUCAGGACUGAAGGAAACAAAAAAAAUUGUCACCGUGAAUGAUUUGUGUGGAUCGUCUUCUUGCAGUGACGACAGCAGUGAUUCUGACGUGUCACGAAAUGGGUCGUCAAGCUCGUUUUCAGAAUCAGGGAACAGUGACAAAGUAGGGGACGAGAUACAGAAAAUCCCUGAACCACAAUUCAAGAAAAUAUGGAGGUUUGACAGACGGUGUCCUGCCAAGAAAGUCACCACCGGCUCAAGCAAAAGGAUACCCAAAAGUGAUGAUAAGAACAAUAAGGAAAAGGGUGUUUGUGCUUCUGCUCACCCAGCCCGAAAGACAAAGAACAAUGGGCAUUUGAAGGGAAAUAUUGAUGAUGAUGAUGAUGAUGAUGAUGAUGAUGAUGAUGAUGAUGAUGAUGAUGAUGAUGAUGAUGAUGAUGAUGCCAGCAUCAGCAGUAGCACGCCGGGUCAAUCUACCAGCUCCUUCUCAAGUACCCAUUCGAGCAACGAUGUUUCUACGGACAAUGAAACCAGCUCAUGCGGUGCUGAGGACAAGACUGUUAAGGAAGGCAUCGCAGGCCGAAACCGGUCAAGGAUGACGGGGACUGCCACAAAGGCAUCCAGGGUAGAAAGAUCUCCACCGGAUUCAGAAUCAUCGUCAUCAUCGGCCAGAAGUGAUUUUAAGAAUGAUGAUUCUAAAGUUGGUAGCAGCUUUACUCCAGAUGGUGUUAAGUCAUGGCCAGAAAAUUUUGACAUGUGCCAUGUGGAAAAGAAGAGAGGAAGGCCCAUUUCAAAAGGGAAGAAAAAGAAAGCAUUAUCUCCUUCCUCAAAGAAUGAUGAUGAUGUUCACAGGAAGACCAAUGGUGUAGAGGCGAAAAAGAGGAAGCAAGUUUAUUCAGGACAUUAUGGCCUGUGCAGAAUGCUUGCGGAUUCUGUACUUGGAAGGGCAUCAAUGCCCGAGGAGAAGGAUAGUGAUGGUGAAGUUAAAGACACGCAAGCUCGAACUACUCUGCCCUUGAAAUUCAGAUUUGAGGAUGAGGAUCUUGACAAGGUGGAGAAAACAGAGUAUGAGAAAGAGAUAGACGAGCUGUUUGUGGAGUUGGACUUCCGUUGGUCGUUACAAAAAUUGGGAUUGUUUGACCUCCCCAAGGAUGAUGAGGAAACAGGAAAUUCUUCUGCUGAUGAAACUACACAUGCACGAUGCACUAGAGGGAACCACGAGUUAGUCUUGAUUGAUGACCAAGGUUUGAUAUGCAUUUACUGUCGUCAUGUGGAGCUUGGCCCAAAAGAUGUAUUGCCUGAGUGGCUAGAAAAAACUGACCGGGAGUCCGCCAGGAAAAGGUUUCACAGCACAGAACACCUUGUUGGGUAUAAUGAUGUACUUCGCUUCAGAUCUUUAGCUGGUACUUUGACCAAUCCUGGAAGUGCAGCCAAUGGCACUGUCUGGAGCUUAAAACCUGGUGUCCAACAGACAAUGUACGAACAUCAGCAAGAAGGCUUUGAGUUCCUGUGGAAAAACCUAGCCGGAAGCAUCCACCUCAAGGAGCUGAAAAGCAGCACAACUCCCAGUGAAGUCGGUGGCUGCAUCAUCUCUCAUGCUCCGGGCACCGGAAAAACCCGUCUCACCAUAGUCUUCAUCGAGACCUACAUGAAGCUAUUCCCAAACUGCCGGCCCAUGAUAAUAGCCCCAGCCAGCAUGCUCCUCACAUGGGAAGAAGAGUUCCGGAAAUGGAAUGUCGAGUUCCCUUUCCUCAACUUCAAUGUGGAUAUGUUGGGCGAGGAGACCAAGGCCACCUUCGGGCUUCUCAAACGCAGAAAUACAAAGACGAUCCGCAUGGUCAACCUCUACUCGUGGAACAGGGGUGGCAGCAUCCUCGGCAUCAGCUACAGCUUGUUCGAGAAGCUGACGAAACAGACAGCAGGCAACGACGGUGACGUGAGGAAUAUCCUCCUCAAGAAACCCGGGCUCGUGAUCCUCGACGAGGGCCACACACCCCGCAACCAGAGGAGCAACAUCUGGAAUGUCCUCCUCAAGCUCCGGACCCAAAAACGGGUCAUUCUCUCCGGGACCCCCUUUCAGAACAACUUUGCUGAGCUCUUCAACACUCUGCGUAUAGUUCGUCCGGCAAUGGCUGAUUCCCUCCAAGAACAGAUGACCGGGUCAACAAGAAAAAACCCUCAAUCCACGUGUAAGAUCUUAGAAGUCAAUGACAAUGCCGUGCAGAGGUUGAAAGUCUCGAUGGCGCCUUUUGUUCACGUGCACAAGGGCACCAUCCUCCAGCAGAGCCUGCCCGGUCUACGGGACUGUGUCGUUGUCCUCAAACCCCCACCUCUGCAAAAAAGCCUAAUAGAGCGGCUCGAGGGCACACCCAGCACUUUCCAGUUCGAGCACAAAGCCGCUUUACUUUCUGUGCACCCGUAUCUCUUCCACCACUCAGUGUCCACCGAAGAGGAAAGGAUCGGGGUCGACCUGGCUGCAGUCGAAGCUUCUCGGCUCAAUCCGAACGAGGGCGUGAAGACGAAAUUCAUCCUCGAGUUUGUUCGGCUCAGCAUGGCCAUGAAGGAGAAGAUGUUAAUAUUCAGCCAGUACAUCCAACCGCUCGAGCUCGUAAAGGAUCAGCUGAAAGAAAUCUUCAGGUGGGCCGAGGGAAAAGAGAUUUUGCAGAUGCAAGGGAAGCUCGACCAGAAACAUCGGCAGGUAUUGAUAAACCUGUUCAACGAUGAGCAAAACGAGUCAAAAGUAAUGCUGGCCUCAACAAGGUGCUGUUCGGAGGGGAUAAGUCUGGUGGGGGCCUCGAGGGUGAUCCUGCUGGACGUCGUCUGGAACCCGUCGGUCGAGAUUCAGGCAAUAAGCCGGGCGUACAGGAUCGGGCAGAAGAAGUUUGUGUACACCUAUCAUUUGAUGACUUCUGGGACAACUGAGGCCGACAAGUACUGCAGGCAGGCCGAGAAGGAGCGGCUCUCAGAGUUGGUGUUCACAUCGUCCUCAAACGAGGGGGACCGGUGCAAGAAGCUUCCUGUGGCGGGGAUUGAGGACUGGAUUCUUGAGGUGAUGGUUGAUCAUGAGAAUCUAAAGGAGAUGUUUGACAAGAUCAUCAAUCAGCCCAAGGACACCAACUUGAUUCAGACUUUUGGACUCACAUCCUAA